GGGCGGGGCGGAUCGCACUUCCUCCCAGGCCGCGACUCAGACCCCGCUGCUGAGCCCAAGAUGGACCUCUCGACGCUGCUCGCCGUUCCCACCGCGCGUGGUGGUCAACAUGGCGGCGGGCCCGGCCGACACCGCCGAGGCCCAGGACCUCCGCUCAGCCCGGGUCCCGCGCGCCGCCGCCUGCUACUGCUGCGGGGCCCGGAAGAUGGCGGGCCUGGGCAGCGGCGCGGAGAGGCCCCUGCGCCGAGCCCGCCGCCCCCUGACGAUGGGGAUGGAGACUCCAUCGUGCUUCUGCUGGAAGUGCCGCGCGGCGCCGCCGCUGAGGCCCCCACACAACCGGAGGUCGAUCCUGGCCCUCGCGCAAGCCCCAUGGGCCUCGCGGAGCAGGGCCUAAGCGGCCCUGCCGCCGUCCCCGGCCCGGCCCUCACGGGUACCGUCACCAUCAACAACCAGGACCUACUGGUGCGUUUCGACCACGGCGUCUUUACACUGGCCGCCGCGCCGCCGGCUCCGGGCCCUCAGCCCAUUCGUCCGCCCGCGCCACCCGGCCCAGACGCCGCGAGCCCCGCUGAGGGUCGCCGCGGGGCCUCAGGCGCCAGCCCCGGGUCUCCAGGCUAUCGCUGUCCGGAGCCGCAGUGUGGGCUGGCCUUCGCCAAGAAGCACCAGCUAAAGGUGCACCUGUUGACGCACAGCAGCAGCCAGGGCCGGCGGCCCUUCAAGUGUCCGCUGGAGGGCUGCGGCUGGGCCUUCACCACCUCUUACAAGCUCAAGCGGCAUCUUCAGUCGCACGACAAGCUGCGGCCCUUCGGCUGCCCCGUGACCAGCUGCGGCAAGAAGUUCACCACUGUGUACAACCUCAAGGCGCACAUGAAGGGCCACGAACAAGAGAGCCUGUUAAAGUGUGAGGUGUGCGCUGAGCGAUUCCCCACGCACGCCAAGCUCAGUUCCCACCAGCGCAGCCACUUCGAGCCCGAGCGCCCAUACAAGUGUGAUUUUCCCGGCUGUGAGAAGACAUUCAUCACAGUGAGUGCCCUGUUUUCCCAUAACCGAGCCCACUUCAGGGAACAAGAGCUCUUUUCUUGCUCUUUUCCUGGGUGCAGCAAGCAAUAUGACAAAGCCUGUCGACUGAAAAUUCACCUAAGGAGUCACACAGGUGAAAGACCCUUUAUUUGUGACUCAGACAGUUGUGGCUGGACCUUCACCAGCAUGUCUAAACUUCUAAGGCACAAAAGGAAACAUGAUGAUGACCGGAGGUUUACCUGUCCUGUCGAAGGCUGUGGGAAGUCGUUCACAAGAGCAGAGCACCUGAAAGGACACAGCAUAACCCACCUGGGCACAAAGCCAUUUGAGUGUCCUGUGGAAGGGUGCUGUGCUAGAUUCUCCGCUCGCAGCAGUCUGUAUAUCCACUCAAAGAAGCACAUGCAGGAUGCCAGUACUCCCAAAAGCCGUUGUCCAGUGUCCAGCUGCAAUAGACUCUUCACCUCUAAGCACAGCAUGAAGGCUCACAUGGUCAGACAGCACAGCCAAUGCCAAGAUCCCUUACCUCAGCUAGAAGCUCCAAGUUCUCUUGUGCCCAGCAGUGAGCUCGCUAACAUAGACCUGGCAGCACUCUUCUCUGACACGCCUGCUGGCGGUAGUGGUUCUGCUAGUGGCUCAGAGGAGGCAUUGAACUCUGGAAUCCUGACUAUUGAUGUCACUUCUGUGAGCUCCUCUCUGGGAGGGAACCUCCCUACCAAUAAUAGCUCCUAUGGGCAGAUGGACCCCCUGGUCCUGGUGGCCCACAGUGAAAUGCCUCCAAGUCUGGACAGCCCUCUUCUUCUUGGCACGGCAGCCACUGUUCUCCAGCAGGGCAGCUUCGGUGUGGACGACAUGCAGACCAUGAGUGCAGGAGCAUUAGGCUGUUUGGUGGCUCUGCCUGUGAAGAACUUGGGUCAAGACCCACCACCUGUGACCUCCAGCAGUAACUCGGCAGCACACGUCACUGCACCAGCCUUUUCAGGUGCCCCCCGUGGGAAUGCCAGUGUCCCAAAGGGGCUGGCUGCAGUCAAGGUGGAGCAGGAUUCGCUUCCCAGCCCUGAAGCAGCUGGGCGGCAGAAAGGAAGCUGCAGGCUGGCCCAGCCUGUGCUGUCCAGCCCAGUGGAGAGGCCCGGUGCUCAGGACACAGAGCUCAGUGUGGGCACCGGCAGCCUCUACUUGCCGUGUGAUGUGGGGCUCCCUCGCUUCUCUGAAUACAAAUGGUGUGUGGUGAAUGGGUUACAGGAAAGUGGGGGCUCAGCAAGAACUGAUUACCGAGCCAUUCAACUAGCCACGAAAAAAAAGCAGAAAGGAACUGGGAACAAUGCAGAUUCCUCAGGGGCUACUCAAAGCAAAGUAAAAGGUGGCAAAAUCAGUCCUCCCCACUUGCAUGCAAACCAUAGUGGCUGGUUGUGUGGAAACUUUGCAGUGCCUAGUGGAGGGCUCCCGGGACCAGCUCUGACAGCGGGGGUGCAGUGUGUCCAGAUCCAGUUACUGCAGAACGAGCCCUCCAGUGAUGGUGUCCUGCUGGCCCACAGCCCACGGCUGCCUGUCCUUCAUCCCUUCCUUGCUGUGGACCUGCCCAUCUAUGUCCUCCAGGAGGUGCUUCCCACAGCUGGAGAUGCUGCCAGGCCUGGGACCACCCAGUUCCCACCAAGCACUGUCAACCUGCCGGAUCUGCAGAGACAACAAACCCCUGCCUGUGGAGACCAGAGGGCCACCUUCUAGGCUCUGUGUUCCUGAGACUUGAAUGCCUAUGGGUUGUGGGACUGGGGAGACCCCAGUUGGUUUCUGAUUAGACCAGCCUAGUUCUUUAGACUUUUAGGUACAUUUACCAAAAAUGUUUCCUUCAGUCCUGAGAGGAAACAAUGUGGGCUGUCCCUUGAUGCUGCCUCCCCACAGACUAUGCGUGUUGUGGCCCUUCUCCCGAGUCUGUGAGUCUGAGGAGCGUAACACACUUGUUGGGUUUUAAAAAAAAAAA